AGGAACUACAAUAGAAACUCUGAACUCUGUAACUAGAUUGAAUGUCUGUAUGCCUUCAAAGUUACUGCAUCGAAUUAACAGUACGAUUUAAAAAGCAUUUAUUGAAUUCACAUUAAAAUCAUAAAUAUUUAUUUAAAGGUAAAUGGAGGAUAAAGCGAAGAACGGACAGUCUGUAAAAUACUAUCGGCUUUCAGAAAUCGAGGAAAGGAAUUCUUUCAAGAGUACUUGGAUUAUAAUAAACCACAAAGUCUUUGAUGUCACCAAAUUUCUGGAGGAGCACCCAGGUGGAGAGGAGGUCUUAAGGGAGCAGGCCGGUGGCGAUGCCACGGAGAGCUUCGAAGAUGUGGGGCACUCGUCAGAUGCUAGAGAGAUGGCCGCCACCUUUGUUGUUGGAGAACUGCACCCAGAUGACAGGCCGAAGAUGGUUAAACCUUCAGAAUCGCUUGCAAACCCAGUCGUGGAGACCUCAAGUUGGACUAACUGGUUGAUACCCGCUUUGGCUGCAGCUUUUGUCACGUUGUUGUACCGCCUUUACACUUCUGAGGAGGAGUGACCUUGCAAUCUGUUUGUCAUCUUUGCCGAUCAAAUGUCAAUCAAAACCUCUGGCUUCAGAAUGGCUGCAACAGAGCCUGUGUUAGAUCCCCAAGAAACCACUGCUGCCUUUUGGGAUUUUCACUGAUCUACAGUACCCAUGAUUCAUUUUGUGGUUUUCAUCCAGUUACUUUGCAUCAUGUUAAUGAAGGCGUAUACUAUUGUUGUUAAUCCUUUUUCCCAUUUUUGAUAUAUAGAUAUAUACAAAUAAAAUGCAUGUGCUUUUAUAUACAUUGCGAUUUCACAGAUUUAUAUGAAUGUGUUGAUAAUGUGAGAUUGAAAUACAGUAUACAUACAGUUGUUAAUGUCUUAUCUUAAGAUUCUCUUAUGUCUGCUCAGGUUGCGUAACAUUUAGCAUGCUCUAUUGCAAAUAAAUAAAAGUAAUGUGUAUCCAUAUAACAGAAUGUGUUAUCAGCAGAGUAUUCAUAAUGAAAUCUGUAAACUGUCCUUAAAUGUUUUCAGCUUGAAACCCAAAUGAGAAAUGUAUUUUCCUACAGUGACCCAAGUCAACCUCCUGCUACCCUAAUGUAAGAAGCAAUCGUAUGCAAUUAUAAAUGUAUUCUCUUAACUUGUGCCCCAUCUCUCACAUGCUAAGGGACAACUGUCUCCAGCCCAAUAUAUUAAUGCUGCUAUAAAUUGUUAGUUGAUUUAACAUUAAAAACACUAAACUCCAGUGUUUCCAAAUUGCUGGUGCCAGGUUUUGAACAUUCCAUAGGUUGAAGGCCACAUGGUUGCACCAAUUUUAAGUGACUUCUUUGUAGAUCCAGGGGCUUUCAAGCUGUUUCUAGAAAUACCCUCCAGUCACUCCAACCAUAGUAAAAACUGACCUGAUAUGAUUUAUCAGCCAGUUAUUAGUAUCAGGUGUUCUAAAUUCCAACAGUUACCCUGGCUACUGUCAAGCGCUGGGAGCACAGAGGUCUACAACUAAAAUUGCGCAUGGAGUUGAUACAAUGUGAUUUUCCUUGACCAGGAAAUAAUUUCUUCAAGUGGAAAGUAAUCCUGUUUUUCCAGCUUAUGAGCUGCUGAAAUGUGUUAUAAGGAAGGAAAAUCAGCACUGAAUGUUCUACAUUAACUCAAAUGUGAUUGUACAGCUUUUUUCAAUAAAACUUCAUUACACUG